UGGAAAUUUAAUAUGGUAUCAGAGCGGGUUAUACUUCCGCAUGCCUACGCGCGUAUGCGCAUGGACUCACACCACGCCAGGCCCAGUAUGUCCGAGUGCAGCCAAAGUGUGCGCCUCGUGUUAGUCCCCCCUUGCCCGGUUGUCAUUAGCGAGAGUUCCCAUAUCUCUUGAUUUAGUUUUACAAUUUCCUUUCUUAGAUCAUGUAAUUCAAUUGUAACAGGGAAAAAAAAACUUCGUAUUUGAGGAAAUGUUAAUAUAAUUGCCCAUGUAAAUAAAACUUAAAAUAGAGGAUCGGAUAUACUGACAUACCGCCCAGGAUAAUUUAUCCACAACUAACGGAAGAUGAAAUGAAACAAUUCGAGCAAAAAUAUAUUAAUAAAGGGUUAGCAUCACAAGUUUAAAAUCUAAAUAGGAUUUCAACGCCUUAAAUAACAACAACGAGCUAUAACAGAAAUCUAUCUGUUAUUAUACUAUUAUAGGUUUUUAAUUUUGACUCAUAGAGUUUGUGCAAUGAAAGGUUAUCUUUCAUUCGAUGAGAGCUUGCCAUGUAGAAUUUUAGAUUUUUUUUUGGCUCAUAAAUGAGUGUCUCUUCACUCACAUUCUUUAACGGAAUAACCUACAUAUAAAUACAUUAACAACAAAGGAUGAAUUAAAUAAAUCUAGAAGAAAACAAAUCAAUUUAGCCCCGCAAACCCCGCAGGAGUGUUUCCAUUCACAGGAAUACGAGAACAACAAAAACGCUGAUAAUAUAAAAGUGUUAAAUAUGAUUUGCAUAAAUUAUGUUCGAUAUAAAAUAUACACAUAAUAUAUACAAAUUGUUGGAAUUAAAUUUUUUUUUAUAUACAUCGUGAGUUGUGAUCCCUCUUCAAAUAACAUUCAUAAAUUCGACCUUAAAAAAUUUUGAAAAAAGUAUAGACUUGAUCCUCCAGGUUUGAGCACUUUUAUAUUUUCAUUCUUUUUUAUUAUUUUUUUCUGUUUUCACCCUUUACCGUUGAACACUUUUUAUAUUUUAAUCCUGCCAUUACCAAAGUCAUUAAACGGAGUUGAAGCAACAUCAACUGCCACAUGUGCAACAUAUUUCACGUCAAGUCAAUAAUGAAAAAUAAUUUGAUUUCUUCAGGGAAGGCAGCACCAAGAACUCAAACACUAACGUCUUCUUUUUCUUAUUCAGCUCCUACAUUGAACUUUCUUCUACUGACAUUCGAAUAAGAGUUAAUUGGAUUCUUCACCUCAACCACAUAUGGAGCUUUGGAAGCACCAGAGCCCAAAAACGAACACAUGCAGUGGUUUCUUCUAUUCGGCUCCGACACAAUGAACGAUUCCAAGGAAGAGGAAAUAUCCAAUAGAUAUCCUUCGCCCCUUCAUUUGGAGAACAACUCGCCAAUAUAUAAACAAUUCAACACCAAAUGUUAGAAAAUCCCCUAAUUUCAGUGCCUUGAUCUUGAUAACAAAUUUGAAGUUGAGCCCAGCUUAGUUUAUUCUAAUUCACACUCCCCAUCUCAUCAUAAGCUUCCUGUAAAAAGCUAAUUUUAUCGAAGAAGAGGAAUUGAGCCGUAAUUGCAAGGGGCAGGAAGACACAUAGAGAUAGAGAAGAGGCGGAGAGAGAGAGAGAAAGAGAGAACUGAACAAUGGCCAAAACAAUUUUGAUAUGGCCUAGUAAGGAAAUAUAUAUAUAUAUAUAUAUAUAUUUUAUAGUAGCUUUGGUGUCUUUUCAAUCUUCAGAAUACGAAAGCCUUCCUUGCUGAUGAACUUCCCAACCUGUCUCGACGGGACCAUUUUCCGGAAUAUCACGUCCUACAUCACCACCCUCUGCUUCAUCCCCGAUUCCUCCACCGGCACCUCUCCUUCGCCCACGCUCGACGCUUCGUCAUGGAAGAAGGGCACUGCUUGGCGAAGACUCCGGGGAUAGAAGGUUGUGUUGACUUGUCGGGAUGGAAGAAGCAAUUUUUUUUUUUGUAAUCGGAGGAAGAAGGCAAGAAGCCAAAUGACUUGACUAUCGAGUGUUCCUUUUUUUUUUUUUAACAUUGACGUGGAAUGUGUUGUACAUGUGACGGCUGAUGUGGCUUCAACUCAUCCACAUUUAACGGUUUUUACAAUGGAAUGAUUAAAAUAGAAAAAGUUUUAAAGGUAAAGGAUGAAAACAUAAAAAUAAUAGAAAAAUAACGAAAAUAGAAAAGUAUUCAAACUUAGAGGACCAAAUUUAUACUUUUCUAAAAAAUUUUAACUAAACACAAAGAAAUACAAAAACUCGCACAACUUGCUAAUUACAUGACUAAUUUGAAAAAUGUUUCUCAAUACUCUUACAUAUUUCAUGAUCUCCAUCAUCAAUAGUACAUUUGUUAAUAUAAUUUAUAAAACAUCGACUAAACACAUCGACCGAAACUCAUAAAACUAAUUAGAUCGUGCAGAGGCAAUGGGUGGAAAGAUCGUGCCCUAAUUCCCAGCUUGCACUUUGUUCCGUUCUUUUUGGUUUUUCAGGUAAUAAUCAAUGGAGAGACGGUUUUGCCCUUAUUAAUAUGAUAUGUGACUGGGAUGUGUCAUCUUUUGGUCGGAAUUUUAGUUGGAAUUUGGUUGAGGGGAUACAUUGCUUACUUUCCAGUAAGGUCGGGAGUACUUUACAAAAAUUUGAAGGUCAGGGGGCAAACCCAAACUUAGCCUAUCGAUCGGGGCGAAUUUAACUCUUUCCUUUAGCGUUAUCUUUUGGUGAACUUUCAUUUUCCUUUAUUAGACCCUUGUACUUCCAUCGUGACUAGGAAAGAAAAAAAGCACUUUCGCCAUUAAUUUAGCGAUUGAUAAAGAAAUGUGAAUGUUAAUAUAUAUAAUUAACCCGGUAACUAACUUCAAAUUCAAAUAAAGGAGAUCGAUUCACCCCAAAAAAAUAAUAAAGGAGAUCGGAUAUACUGACAUACCGGCCAGUAAUCUAAACAGGAUCACGAUUAUCAAAAAUAACAACCAUUUUUAACAGAAACUACAUGUGAUUGCCUAAAAACAAUCAACAACAACAAACCCUAGCAUUUCAACAAGAAUGGCCACCUCGUCCUCGUCAUCUUUCUGUUGCGAAAUAUGCUUGGAACAUCUUCCGAUAAGCCAAAAGUUACCAUUCACAGUGCACCAGUGCAGUUGCCCUGAUAUUUUCGUCUGCAUCUCUUGCACGGCCUCGUACAUCAGAGUCUCUGUCAAGGCAGGCCGCACCUUGAUAAGUUGUCCGCUAUGCCUUUUGGACUGUACCAAGCCACUCGACCCAGUCACAUGCCAGGAACUGGUGUCCAACGAAGUGUUUACUCAGUGGUGCCACAUUGCCUGCGAAGGGAACCUGCUAGGGUAUGGUAGGUGCUACUGCCCCAAUGGAGAUUGCCAGGAACUGAUCAUCGAUGAGUGUGGUGGAUCCGAGGCUCCAAGGAGAAUUGUCUGCCCCAGCUGCAAGACAGGGUGUUGCUUUCGGUGUUCGCUGCCUUGGGAGGAGCAAGAGCGGCACAAAUGCGAUCGAGUGCUAUCCAUCAUUGAGAGAAAGAAGUGGAAGCCGUGUCCUGGGUGCAAGAACUAUGUGGAGCGCAUAGAAGGAUGCUCCACGGUGUUUUGCAGAUGUGGCUCAGAAUUUUGCUACAAUUGCGGGAAAUUCAUUACGGAGCUGCAUUCUUGUUCGACUGACAGUAUUUGGCAAAUGUUCAGAAGCAUGAAAGAGAGCUUCAUUAGUAUGGGAGAGAGACUCCGGGAAGGAAUUCUUUGUGGGACAAUUUAGAAAUGCACAAAAUGCUUCCUUUUUUUUUCCUCUAGAUAUGUUCUCAGUUUAUUUCCUGCUCGGGCGUCAAUUUCCCCUAUCUACGAAGUACUUUUUGUGAUUUAAUUGAAAACUUUGUAGGUAAAGUUCACCGCUGAAAACAUUUGUGAUUCGUAAAUUUGACUAUCCAC